GGAGAGACAUGCCAUCCAAAUUACCUACAGAAACAGCAAGGAGAGCUUCUCUGCUGGACUGCUAGGGCACAGAAGAUCUUACUUCACUGCUUCAACAUUCCUUCUUUCUUCCAAAAUAGAAAUGUGCAUCAACUGCAGUGAUUCUCUCCAUCAGUAACAGAUACACCCAGAUCUUCCACAGCCAGACAGAACAGAUAAAGCCCAUUUUAGGCUGGCUCCAGAAGACCUAAACUGUGUUCGACUACCAUCCUUUGUGAUAAAUAUUUUGGAAUUCAGAAUGAAUAAGACAAGGGCUGCUAACGAUGGUUUUUAUUUCCUGAACAGCAAGAACUGGAACUCAAACCGAAGCUUUCCCAUGAACAUUUCUAAUCAGUGCAUGAACAUCACCGACCUUACUGUCUUCCUGGCCACCUCUUACAGCUUGGAGACUGUCCUAGGGAUUGUGGGAAACAUCUGUCUGAUCGCCGUCAUUGCCAGGCAGAAGGAAAAGGCCAAUGUCACCAACAUCCUAAUUUCCAAUUUAAUAAUUUCAGACUUGUUUAUGUGUCUCGUCUGCCUCCCUUUCACCAUUGUUUACACCAUGAUGGACUACUGGAUAUUUGGAGAAGUCAUGUGCAAAAUGACCUCUUUUACUCAGUGCACAACUGUGACAGUGUCAAUUCUUUCCCUUGUCCUUAUUGCUCUGGAAAGACACCAGCUCAUCAUAAACCCAACUGGUUGGAGGCCAAAUACCUCCCAAGCCUAUCUAGGAAUUGGAGUAAUUUGGAUUUUAGCAUGUCUCAUGUCCCUACCCUUUUUGACCACAUCCAUCUUGUCUACUGACUUGUAUGAGCAGCUCUCACACUUCAUGAAUUUUUCCACUGAUAAGGCCAUAUGCAUCAACUCGUGGCCUUCUGAGCAACACAAACUUAUCUACACCACCACUCUACUGCUCUUGCAAUAUUGCAUCCCGCUGUUCUUCAUUAUACUUUGCUACCUGCGUAUCUACUUACGUCUACAGAAGAGAAAGGACAUGUUUGAGAAGAGUGAAUACAGCAACCGAGCAGUUCAGCUGAGAAGGAUAAACAUUUUGUUAGCAUCCAUGGUGGCUGCUUUUGCUCUUUGCUGGCUACCACUGCAUAUUUUCAACACCAUUGUAGACUGGAAUUACAGAAUCAUUUCACCUUGCCACCACAACCUGAUCUUCUCAUUAUGCCACCUGGUAGCUAUGGCUUCCACCUGUGUCAACCCUGUAAUCUACGGUUUCCUAAAUAGCAACUUCAAAAAAGAAGUGAAGUCACUGAUUCUGAGCUGCCAGCAUAAUUCAGUAACUGCAUCAAUGGAAGAAUAUGAUCAUUUGCCUUUAUCCACUAUGCAGACUGAAAUUUCCAAGGGCUCACUGAUGUUGAACUGCAGACAUAAUUCUAUCUGACUAGGAGAAAAUAUUUCAGAAGGGUUCACUGACACCACACACCAAUUAUUACCUGUGAGUAUAUAAAGUAACAGGUGAUGCCGUAGCUGGAAGGUGAACAGGAUAUCAUUACCACCUGAUUUUUGGAAGAAUAGGCAAAGGAAGGUCAUAAAUGUUAACAGCUGCUGCUAUGGUACACGAGUUUUUCAUGUCAUAGAGAUGAUAUGGACACUGAGGAGACUGUGCUGAUGUAUAUGCAACUGCUCUAAGAUCAGUAACUGAGCUGUGGCUGCAUAUAGGCUGACAUGGGCCUCAUCAGCUAAACUCACAUCUCUGCCAUGGCUGCAAUAGAGAACCAGAUUUCCAGUUCCAGCACUGCAGGCUGCCAAAAGUUGUGUUAGAGAAGACUCUCUCAGUUUUUCAGUAUUUUUCAGAAUUUUAUGCACAGGUGACACACCAGUGGAACACAGAUGUGUAAAUAUCUAAAAUUUUUUACUUUACCAACUCUCACAGCCCACUAAGUAACAGUAAUCUUUCAGCAGAUCUAGUUCACAUGAAACGACUGGAUGUUUCUAUCGAACCUCUCUCUAUGGCUUGGGAACAGCCAUUGCCUCUGCAAGUAGGAACACAGAACAAUGACCCUCGUACGUAAAGAAGACAGUCACUUAGGAGGGAUGGCAGCAAAUGAAAAUGUUAUUCAAUGGAUUAAACUCUUAAAAUGCAUUAAAAUGAUACUGAGAACUGUUUUUAAGCACACAGAAAACAGUUCUAAAUCUACAUGGAAAUAAGUCUGGUUGAAUUUGCAAUUCCAGCUGCUGUCAGUCACAAAGGUCUGCAAUGCUAAAACUGCAUUCUGUGAUGGUACAAGGUGGCUGGAUUACUGGAGUUAUUGCAGGUCUUGGUAGCAAGAUGUCAUUCUGCUUCAGCAUCUCCUUGGUACUUUAAUUGCAAAGUAUCUCAUUCAGAAGGUCAGAACAGGCACUAAAACCUGUUUGUGGAAACCAUGUCUUUCCAGAGUGGGUACACUCCUAAAGAAAUAAGCAUAUGCAUGGAGGAUUUCAGUUUUCUGAAAAAAUAAAACCAGAUGUCAGAUAUCAGUCCCAUCUGCUGGCAUCAGCAAUACAGGUGGACCUGAAAUUCCAACCAAUCAGUAGAAGGUCAAUGAAAAUACACAAGUGGAAUCCAGGUCAGGCUGAAGCCAAGCUACAUGUAAAUAAGUAGUACUGUCAGUUGCUCUACUAAAAUGAGAGUAAUUUUUUUUCACAUCUGUGGUAUUUUUAGUCAAGAAACCUACAAACUGUAAACUCAUUUUAACCUCUGGAGCCAGAGAAAUUGCUCAGUGACUACUGAGAAACCAAGGUAUGCCCAAGAAGGCCAUAUCAUGGAAUAGAUUACAAAAAAAAAAAAGGUAGCGAGUGCAAAAAGAAGACCAACCAGUUCAAUGCUAAAGAAAUAUUGAAGCAUAUUCCAUUCUGAAUUUUAAUCUAACCUUAGCAGAAGACUGGCCUAGGUGGUCACCUUAGGUAAUUUCCAACAUGAAUUAUGCUAUGAUAAGCAGUUGUUAUUUGUUGUAGUCAAUGGGUUUGCAUUGAGUUGAAGAUAUUCAACGGACAGAUAUGCAAAAAGCUAAAAAUUCCUUAGUUGGGAGCUAUAUGAUUAGACAAAUUGGUAAAAAGCUGGGUGAGGAAAAGAAUUCUUCCCAUACUGUGAACUGACAGGAAUAUGGAUGUUGAACAGAAUAUCUGAAGACAAGAGCUAAGCCUUCUGCUAUAAUGUAGCAAGAACUAUCAACAAGUAUGAGAUCAUAUGUGACAAGACAUUUUUGCCUUUCAAAUAGACUUCUGCUUUCUUUUUUUUAUUUGUUACUUGCCACAAUAUAACGAGAAGUUGUUUCUCUUGAUUAGUUUGUAUGCAAUGUGAUUUC